AUGACAUUAAACCAAGAAAAUAGACUUGUUUAUAUCAUUGAUAUGAGUUCUAGUUUAGCAACAGUGGGAAAUACGCGAUCAGAUAUCUUGUUGUCCGAGGUUUUUGAAACGUUAAAGAAUUCCCUAGAAGGAUUAGUCCAACCAUUUUCAAUGCAAGUUUCACCAACUGAAAAAGCAGUGGUUCAACCUUUUUUAUGUUUAACAGUAAUGGCUGACUGCUCUCAAUUUGCAUCGAAUGUAAACGUGAUACCAAUGCUUGUGGAACAUCCAACCAUGAGAGUGUUUACACAAAAUGCCAUCAUCAAUGCAAACAAUAUACACACCAUCAUUCGAAAAUUGAAAUCCGAAUUUAUGGCUUUUCAAAAUGAUACGACACAAUUCAGAAAGUCGAUGAAAAAGAACAGGCCAAACAUGGGGUAUGAUUUGGAUGUUGGAAAUGAAGUGGCCCCACCGGGUGGGGUAGGUAUAUUAGAUGCUACAUCAUUUCCCAAACACGUAAAAUCAAAAUCAUAUUCGGCUGAUUCUACACCAGUGAUACCGACUACCACCAAAAGUAAAAGUUCUGGCCAACUACAUACAUCAUUAUCCAACAAGGAUCUUUUACAGAAAUCUAAAGAUACAGCCUACCAUUCCUCAAAAAAGGAAGUUUGGGGAAUAGGAAAAUCAGGAGCAAAUUUAUCCCGUAUUUUACAUGCCGGGCAUUUUGCAUUAAAGCUAUUACCUAAGCAAGGUCGUGCUCAGCUUAUCUUGAUUACGGAUGGCGCUAUGAAAUCUAACGUACAUGACAACACAUUCGUACGUCAAUUUGCAGAGGAAGAUAUCACUUGUCAUAUUAUACAGAUUGGUUAUGCAAGUAGUUUUAUACCGGGUAGGAAUUUCGGUUUCGUGCCAGAUACGGAAAUUCUUCAAUUUUUAGCUCGUGCAACCUGCGGAACUUUUAUGUAUUCAGAAAAAUGUUUACAGAAGCUUAACACGAAUACAUCAUACAGCCAGGAAGAAAAUUCGCCCACUACAACAAGCAAAUCAUAUCCUGUAAUUCAAUUUGUCGAUCUUAAUAAGGCAAAGCACAUUCUGACGCCCAACAUAUUCCACAGACAGUUUUUGUUCAGAGAAACUGUUUUGACCAGAUAUCAUCAUUCUGAGUCAAUUCUUCAAGCAGAAAAGGACUCUGGAAUACCACACAGAAGAGAUAACGUGGAAACCAACAAUGAAUUGCGAAGUAGGUUUAAUUUUCCUUGGGAUCCUUAUGCAAAACCACCAGAAGGUGAUUGGCGUUUAUUGAAGUAUAGAGAGUAUAUCCUGCCGUCUGAAUUUUCACAUAUCAUUGCUGCUAGAGCUCGUGAAGGAUUUACAGUACAAUCUGUAACUUUCGAUGAUGGUACUGGAUCUAAACAUGUUGAUUCUGGAAUUCAAGAUUUGGAAGUACCUGAUUUUUCAGCUGUUCGAAAAGAAAGGAUACAGAUUGUCAUGAUUAUGCGCUGGCAACCCAAUGUCUCCAUCGAGUAUAGAAUAAGGGCUACAUGGCUCCCAACAAUUAUUGGAAAAUGUGACUCGUACAAAAGUGAAGAUAUAUUAAUGUCCAGUGGUAUAUUUUCUCGUGGAAAAGCACCUCGAGCAGAAAUAUUUGUCAGAACCGAUGCAAGUUUCGCUCACAUGUUACAAAAUUGGGAUGUGUUUAGGAGAAGAGCUCAAAUGAUGGGUGUAGUUACUGGAUCCAUUUAUUUUGGGGAAACAUAUGCUGCACCGGUUUAUUCAAAGAUUGAAAAGCUUAAAUCAUAUCUGGUUGAUAUUUAUGAAGGGGAUGAAAUACUCAAGACUGUGAUUGGAUUUCCAAAUAAAUUCUGGAUGAGUGCAUCAUCGGCAAGUAACAGCGGAGAAACAGCUUCAACUAUACGUCCUGAUGCACAACAUAUGAAUAGCUCGUCAAGUAGAAUCGGCAUGUCUCAUCAAAAUAUGCAGUUUAUUGAUUCGUUCAAAGUCUUCUGGGAGCGUGUCAACAAUUCAGAUUCAAGAGCAAGGACGAGAUCGUGGUAUGAUCCUGCUUGUAUAGAUUUAUUAGUUGGUGAUGUUUCGCCUUAUAUGACUCCUAAAUUGACAUCUACAUCAAAUCAAGACUUUGUAUCUAAUGUAGAAGAGGAUAUUCUUCUUAUGGUAGGUAAUGUAAAAUCAGUAAUGCGAGAAUGGUCUGAUUUUGAAUCAAAGGAUGGAACCUUUGUCAAAAUGAUGCUCAAAAUCACCACAAGUCCAUUGGCUUUAUCCGAGGAAAAGGUCAAAGAUUAUUUCACAACUUCCCUUGGGUAUCCUCCCUCAUUUUGUGAACUGCGCGUCAGACAUGAAUAUGGUCGUUUAAUUACGCUAAGAUUAUUAUUUUUCAAUGUGGAAGUACUAGUUAGAAAAAGAACAACAGAAAAUUUGAUUCAUUUGUUGAAAACAACAGAUAACACAAAGGCAUCAUGCAACAUGAUCUGUAAAAGACCUUUCUCUCGGUUAUUAAUGAGAGACCCAAAACAUUUUGGUGAUGCCGUACUGGAAACACAACCCGAAACUCCGGGCAGCGAAAAGGCUAUUGGCAAUUUAACCAAAAAUCAAAGCAGGUCCAAGGCAUGGUAUUUACCUGUAGCAAUGUGGCUUACAAGUGAAUACAUUGUUCGUGAUUAUCUGCAGCAUAUGACUUGGACAUGGCAGACUGACAGCUACCAAGACGUUUAUCACAGAGAGAACAAAAUGAUGCCUAUUCAUGAUUUAGCUUUCCAAUUUUUGUGUCAGGCCCGGCUUAAUCAGAAUUACCAACUUGUGUCUCCACUACCUGAUAGUACUCAUUUUUAUCAGGAGAUAUCUCUUCCUACUCGGGAUGGCAAAUCUACAUCUGUUUGUGCAAUACAAUAUUUUGUUUGGAAGGAUUCGGUAACUGGAAAAAUUACAACGGAGUUAUGGAUGGAACCUAGUGGUAGUUUUGAAUCAGAUCAAUACGAUUUAGUCAAGAAGUGGACAUUCGAGCCUGAUAGAAAGACGAUCUCUCAAUUAGUCACAUUCGAUCAGAUCCACGCAGUAGGAAGAUCAAAAGGAGUUGGCGACUUCAAGGACAAAAAGAAAGGCACUCUUCAAACUGUAAAAGCCCCCGAUGAGGAUACUGCUGUAAUGAUGCUUCCUCAGCUUUUUGACGUGGCCUCUGUUCUGAGAUGCAACAAAUUUGUGGUUGCUUCUUUUAAGUUGCCUCAGUACAAAAUGGUACCUUUACCUCAAUUCAAACUGAAAACUCUCCCACCUACGCCUACACAUCUCGAUGAUAAUGGCAGCAGUCAACAAGACCCAAAUAGUGAUCACUCUGGGUACUCCACACCUGUUAUUAGGAACAAAGGAUUUCCCUCAAGGUCUAAUCGUUAUUUACGCCGCCAUGCCGCAGCAAAUCGCUGGACUAUAUCAAACGGUGAAAUCCUCAUGUCACAUCAUGAUGUUGGUACAGCUUUCUGGCAAGACCUUAAAAAUGCACUUCAGUCUGUUAACAAGGAAGGAGAAAUAUCAAGCACAGGCCUAAUACCGGAUCUUCGACAAACACGAUGUUUUGUAAAAGUAUUUGACCCUCGUUCAUUUGUUGUUAUUUUAUUUCCCAGUUUAGAGUCCGUUUCUACAGGUUUGCUAAAGCUUCAAGAAGAAAACGAAGGUUUUACAAGGUCGAAAAUCGAAUUAUGCAAAUCUUUGGAUGUAUUUAUGUUUGAAUGUGUUCGCGAAAAACCAAUGAAGCCUACGAAAGCUGAUGUAAGAUUUGAAAAUCCACUCGAGGCAGAUAGUCGCUACCCUGUAGACGAUAUAAUUUCUGAGGCGGAUUCUAUAACCAUCAAACGUGUGAAACAUCUUGUUCAUGAAUCUGAUGGAUUGGGGGUCAUGUUGAGGCCGGAAUUAUUUGAAGGCGAAUACAGCACCUGCCAAAAUCAGGCUCAGCUUACAGAUCGAGUUUUACGUGUAGCACAGGAUGUGUCCCGGUACUACUCUAACAGUUUCUUAAAGUCAUUCUAUACUUGCUUGAUGCGAGGAUUUAUGGUCGAUGAUGAUGACCUGAAUAAGGUAUUGGAAGUUUGCAGUGAAUCUACAAUGGAAAUCGAUAUCACAGGAUUUGUAAAUAUUAUGAGCAUGCAAAAACGAGAAUCAGUGCAAUGGUAA